GCAUGUUCUGCUCUUCCCAACCCCCCUGCAGCCGAACAAACGAAGCCCAGCUGCCGGUGACUUUUUCCUUUGAGAAACCGGUGAGAAAUCUUGAUUUCUCCUUCUUUCUUGUCCAAGAACCUGAUUUGGAACCCAGAAAUCUUCCCCCUUGCUGGAAAUUCCAGAUCUGCCUUGCUUUGCUUGUCUUCACCGCCGGCUGCUAGUGGGUAUGGGUGAUUUCUGGGCAUUUUUUUCGCUUGCCGCCGGCCUCUCCCCCCCUGCAGCUCCGGUUUUAGCUGGAGAAUUAUGGUUCCUGAUCGUUCUGUCAGUUAGCACUGAGAUCGAGUGUUCGGUUUAUGUGAGUGAGGAAGCGAAAUUGAGGACGGGGAAACCACUGGAAGUGACGAGUUAGAAGGCUAGCCAUUUCGAGAUUGAUAUAGAUUUUAGAAAUAAAUCGUGAUUUUGUAAGCUAGAGUGUAAUUGUAGAUUUAUGAUAUCGAAGAAAAUUUAAAGAUUUGAUCUCCAGAUUUUGGUGGUAUCAGAGUACAGUAUGAUAAGUUCCGAGCCUUGUGCAUUUGUGGGACCUUCUCACGAGUGCACGGCGUCUGUCGCGCCUCGAAUUCGGGUUUUGGGGCGUGACAUGAAGUUUAUAAUUUUUUAUUAAAAUUAAAAAUUUCACAUAUUGUGUAACUUAAUUUUAAAAUAAACUAUUUUUUUAGUAAGAGGAGUUUCAUUGUUGAAUGCUCAAUUUAUAAAAGUUAUAUGAAUGG